GGGACAAAAGAGAGGAGGCUACCAUAUCUUCAUUUUCUGCCACCAUUAUUACUUCUUUCACUCCAUAGCUACAUACAUCUCCAUGUUCCUCAUCAAGAGAACCUCUUAUUCCGCCCUAAGAUAGUGCAUUUAAUGCACAUUUAUUCCCCCUUGUUACUACAAAUACUUGAGCAACCAUCACUACUUUUUCAUUAUCCUACCUACAAAUACAUACACAACAAUAUACUACCAUUUUGACCAAAAUUUCUUCAUAGCUAGCAUGUCAUCUAUAAUCACAUAUCUCCUUCUUCUUAUCUUUCUUUUUAUUUCCUUGCAUGCAUGUAAUGCUCGCCAUCUUAGCACUCUUGAUAAGAAGAAGAUGGAGAAGAAACCUCACUUCUCCUUCAAGAUUAGUAGUGGUGAUGAUGAGAAAAAAGUAUUGGGUUCCAAUCCAAAGCAAGUUAAUGAAGAAGGUGGUAAUGACAACAAGAAGGUGAAGACAAAUCGGUUGGUUUCUUCUGAUCACCGAAGAAGAAGCACUAAAAACCAAAGGGUGCUCAAAACAAAGGGAAAAGGUGCCAUUAAAACUACUAAUUCUCUUGUAUCAUCAUCAUCAAUUUCAUGGCGUGUUCCUCACAAGAAACCUAGUGAGAAAAAUCCAGGGUUUAACUUGGACUAUUCACCACCCAAGACACAUCCUCCUUCUCACAACUAAUUAUUAUAUAUAUUAAGCAACAAUAAUAUAUAUAAUUAAUGUUAUAUAUAUAUGAAGUAAUUAUGUAUCAUCAUCUAUCAUGCAUCCCUUAUGUGAAGCCCUAAUGAAUAUUAUUGUAAAGAAAAGAAAAUCAAAGAAGAUCAUCAUAGGGAUCAUUCUCAUUCUGGGGUGCAUGAUAUAUAUUUGUGUUUAGUUUUUAUAUAUAUAUAUAUAUAUGACUACACAAACUUUAGCUUAUAUGGCUAAUUAAUAUAUGACUUAAUUGAUGAGAAUUUUUGUUUUUGUUUAAAUUAUUAGUGUACAACAGCCACGUUUUCUAGCAAGAGUUUGUUUCUUAUGUAUAUUUUCCUUUGUCAUUCUAGGUAUGUAGUUCUUUAAUUUCUAUAUUAUUAUUAUUAUUAUUAUCUUAUUGUGAAAUAAAUUAAAUAUUCUAUUGUGAAA